AAAAAAAAAAAAAUAGCAUGGACAACGAAACACUUAAAAAAUUGUUUAAAGCUGGUGCUAUUCUUUUGGUUUUGGAUGCACCACACAAUCAACUUGAAUUUGGAAUCGACGUCAAUUGCUGGAAUACAGGGCCACGCUUCAAAGGGAUAAAGAUCAUUCCGCCUGGUGCACAUUUUGUUUAUUACUCGCUUCACAAUACCCAAACUACACAAGCAGAAGCAAGAGAAGAUGCUAAAGAGAGGGAAACGGUUGAAGUGACAGAGGGUGGAGUUACGGGAGGCAAUGUUAGAGUAGGCUUUUGGCAUUAUUUUGAGAGUGGCGAGGUUGUUAUCAUGAAAUGGAGCGCGUACAACGAGGAAAUGGAGCUUGAGAAAGAUAAAGAUCAAAUUGCACGGUACAAAGCAGGUAUCCAGGAAUUUGAUCCGUUCCUCGGGCCAUACCCACUUUUGCCUCCAGAAUCGACCUAUCCAGCAUGGGUGAAGCUUUCGAAUCACAUCUCAAAGCAAACCAUCAACAGGAUUUUUCAGUGUGAAGGGUUUGUGGACUCACAUGACGAUCAGUUACAUGAAGAACUAGAGAGGGCAACCAAAAUUAUUGACCGCCAGCAAAAGGAAGAAAAGACGAAGGCUGAAGCGGAGGACUUUCACCGACAAGCUCAACAGACUCAGGCGACGGAGACGAUCCAGGAAGAAGAAGAGGAAGAAGAGAAGGAGGAGAAGGGAAAAAUCGAUACUGACGCAGAAAUGAAGAUGAACAUUGAUCCGGAGUCUCCAGCAGAAGUAACGAAAGAAAAGGCUCACAUUUCCCAAUCAAAAUUUACAAUGUCGAAUACAGACAAGAGAAAUCCUUUUGUUAGAUUUACCCCUAUUGAUCUCCGGUCAUCAUUCCGAAAAGGCGCUGUUGGUGAGGAAGUGACGCGUUAUAGUCUUGAUAAAAGCUGGCUCUUUAAUCACCUUUUCACGACUGUUUAUAAUUUAGACACAUCUGCAUACCUCGGUGAAUAUCAAGUGGCCUUUGUAACCAUGCUCCUAAGCUAUCAUCUGGGAGCUUUCCGUCAAUGGAAGAGUAUGACUAUCCUAGUGUGUCAGUCAAUCGAAGCCAUAUCCUCAUCAAACUACACUCAUUUCUUUUCCGAGUUUAUCCAAACGCUUCACCAUCAGUUGACUUCCAUACCCUCUAGCUUCUUUAUGGAUUUACUUUUCGCAUCACCUGAUCAAGAUGAUAUGACUGCAAACUUUCUGGAACAGGCACUUAAAUCCAUGGGGCGUAAUAUCCAGUCUGUUUUACGGCGUGGACAGUGUCUAGAGCUGCGCAAACCUAUGCGUGCAUUGCAGGUAGCUGUACAAGAGAGUUUUGAGUGGCGGAUCCCAGGGGACUUUAAAAAGAUCCAAAAAGUGGUAGAGAUUGAGAAUGAUGACGAUGAUGAGGAUGAGGAUUAUAAAGAGGAAGGCGAAUAUGCACCUGUUAUUGUUGAAUAAAUA